AUGGCGGUAGACCAGAUCAAUCACGAGGAUUCACUGAAAUACUGGCAAGGCAUCAAUGCUGAUGUAGAGGGCAUGCUAGGCGGAUUUGCUUGCAUCUCAAAAAUAGAUUUACGGGGCUCCAAAAGAUUCAUAUGCAAAGUUCAUGAUGGGGCACGGAGCGGGCAAAAAAUGAAGAGAGCUUUGGACUGUGGUGCCGGUAUCGGUCGGAUAACCCGGGGUAUAAUCCUAGAGAUUGCGGAUACAGUCGAUAUAGUAGAACCAAUUAUCAAAUUCACAAAAGUGCUCGAGGGAAUAGAUGGAGUGGGAAGAAUCUUCAAUGUUGGUCUGGAGAACUGGUCGCCAGAUACUGCACUCAGAUAUGACUUGAUCUGGAACCAAUGGUGCUUAGGUCACCUGACAGACGUACAACUGGUCGCCCAUUUAAGGCGGAGUGCCAAUUUUUUGACAGACGAUGGUCUUAUCAUUGUUAAGGAGAACCUAAGUAGCAUUUCGGAUGAUGUAUUCGAUGAAGUUGAUAGCAGUGUCACGCGGACUGACGAGAAGUUUCGAGAGCUUUUCGGGCAGGCCAACUUGCAGCUAAAGGACACUGAAAUACAGAGUGGAUUCCCAAAGGAAUUAUAUUCUGUUAGGACUUAUGCUUUAGUGCCGAAGGCGCUACAAGGUGUUUGUACAUAA